AUGACCAUAAGCAUGAGCAAAGCAGCAAGAAAUCCAGAUUAUGCCUCACUCAAUCCUCAAACCAAAGAAUAUAGUUUCUAUGGUCCACUCGGAACUAGUGCAAUUACAAUUAUUGCACCAAUUGCUACUUAUCUUUUAUAUUUCGCAUGUCCAAACUCAACAGAUGAAGGCACUUGUAGAUUAAUUCAAAAACCACAACUUGACAACGUCGUGAGCCUUUCAUUCUUACAGUCACUCUUCAAGGUAGAAGCAUUCGUAGUCUACUUGGCUUGGUAUGCUUUCACUGUUAUAGCUUGGGCAAUUAUUCCAUCCAUUUGGGUCAAAGGUACACCAUUACGAGAUGGAAAUCACAAAAUGUAUAAGAUGAAUGCAUUUAAUACUCUACUAUUAGCUACAGGUCUUGCCAUAAUCCAGAUUAUCAAAUCUGGACCGCAUGGAUUUACGUAUCUUGCUGAUAACUGGAUCCCAUUGCUUACUUCUUCCUUAAUAAUGUCCACCGCUCAAGCUAUCUAUCUAUAUGCGAUAUCAUUUAAAGGUGAUAGACUACUCGCUUUGGGUGGGAACACUGGUAACCUUAUUCACGACUUCUUCCUGGGGCGCGAACUGAAUCCAUCAAUCGGUUCAUUUGACAUCAAAACCUUCAAUGAGCUCAGACCAGGGCUGAUAUUAUGGUGGCUUAUUGAUAUGUCUCUCGUAUGCAAACAAUAUACCAACUAUGGUCGUAUCAGUGAUUCCAUGCUUCUCGUAAUUGGAUUCCAAGGGUGGUAUGUCUUUGAUGCACUCUAUUGCGAGUCAUCAAUUCUUACACAAAUGGAUAUUGUUGUCGAUGGCUUUGGUUUUAUGCUCGCUUUUGGCGAUCUUACUUGGGUGCCUUUUACAUAUUCUCUACAAGCACGCUUCCUCGCUAAUCAUCCAAAUGAUUUGGGUAUGGUUGGUGUAUUCUGUAUAGUUGCACUUCUACUGUUAGGAUAUUAUAUCUUCCGCGUCUCAAAUGCUGAAAAAAAUGAAUUCCGAACGGGUAAUAAUCCAAAGAACCUUCAAUUUCUCCAAACAAAAAGAGGGACUAAACUCCUGAUUUCUGGAUGGUGGGGAUUUCUCAGACAUCCAAAUUACCUUGGUGAUUGGAUCAUGGCUUUAGCUUGGACUUUGCCAGCAGGAUUUUUGACGCCAUUAGUCUACUUCUAUCCGGUCUAUUUCUUGAUUCUCUUAAUUCAUCGCUCUAUUCGUGAUGACGCGCAUUGCAGAGAGAAAUAUGGUGAUGACUGGGAGAGGUAUCUCGAAAAAGUUCCGUAUUGCAUAUUUCCAUACAUUUAUUGA